UUUUAUAAAAAAUGCAGCAGACUUAUUACAGCAGAGGAAACAAGAGUAGCUCAAGAAGCCUUUCGAGAAGGAACCUCAAAACGUUGAAUACAGAGAAACGCCUUUCUCCAAUGCUCCAUUCAAAGUUUCUUAAAGGAAAUAACACCAUUUUUCAGCCGGCUAAGAUCCACCUUUUAGAUUCCCAAAGUGAAGAAAAUUUAGGAAAGAAAACACUUGUACUGGAUCUUGAUGAGACUCUGAUCCAUUCUUCAUUCACUUUAGUCCCCGAUGCAGAUAUGGUAGUCUCCAUUCCUUCUGAAUUCGACUGAAAACCUAAGAAUGUCUUUGUAAAAAUCCGCCCAGGUGCUUUCAAAUUUAUCCAAAAAUGAAGUGAGAUUUAUGAAGUGGUAUUCUUCACCGCCUCUACAGAAGAAUAUGCUUGAGAAAUAGUAAAAUAAACUAGACAAGGAUAACAUUGGAUUCCAAUAUUUGAGUCGAAAGCAUUGUAAAUUAAACAGACUUAAGCACUAUAUUAAGGACCUUAGUAGACUGGGUAGGAGUCUUAAGGAUGUUAUAAUCAUCGAUAAUACUCCGGUUGCUUACAUGCUCAAUAAAGCCAAUGCGAUACCUAUAAAAUCAUGGUAUAGUGAUAUAAAUGAUAAAGAACUACUGAAACUUCUUCCUCUUCUAAGGAAAUUAUCCCAAGUUGAUGAUGUUAGGGAUCAUAUAAAAUCAAUGCUUGAGAGCUCUAAGCCCAUUCAGAUCCCAAGAAGUAUUCUUUCUUCACACACUGUCAAACAUAGGAGCAAUAAGAUAGAUAAUGAGUUACAACUGCAAAUGAAAAAGAACACUGUACUGAAUCCUAUUGCUUUCCGUCAUUUAAAAUAGCAUAGAGAAGAAGCCGAAAAUUUUAGUAAAAGAUUAUUUCAUAAUCAGGAAAACGAAUUUUCGGAAACCUAAAAUAAACCAGCUUUUUACUUCUGAGAGCGAUUCUGAGAAAGCUAAGACUGAGAGGGCUAAAUUCGAACGUUUGCUUAAAGAAAUAAAUCAGGACCCAAACUUGUUUGGAUUCAAAAAUACUCCCUGUGUGUAAAAUAUUUCAAUAUUUUAAACCCAAUUU